GAUAUAAGGGGCAGCCAACUCCAGAGGCAAGGCUGCAGUCAGCAAACAUUUCUGGCCUCAGGAUGGAGAAGGAUCUCAAGAGUACUCCAGCCUCGGAGCUGGACAAGUUCAUACAGGAUCGCCUUCUUCCUGACACCACAUUCCGUGAUGAGGUUAGAGCAGACAUUGACUUCAUAUGUGCUUUCCUGAAGGAGAAAUGCUUCCACGGUGCCGCCUUGAAGGUCUCUAAGGUUGUGAAGGGUGGCUCCUCAGGCAAAGGAACCACGCUACAGGGCAAGUCAGAUGCAGACCUGGUGGUGUUCCUUAACAAUCUCACCAGCUUUGAGGAUCAGUUAAAGCGACGGGGAGAGGUCAUUGAGGAAAUUCGGAAACGCCUGUGUCAGUUGCAGCACGAGAAACAGUUUAAACUGAAGUUUGAGUUCCAGACCUCAGAGCAGGCCAACUCCAGGUCUCUGAGCUUCAAGCUGAGCUCGCCCAAGCUCCAGCAUGUGGUGAAGUUUGAUGUGCUACCAGCCUAUGAUGUCCUGGGUCAUGUUAACAUCAACAGCAAGCCUAACGCCCAAAUCUAUGCCAGUCUCAUCAGGAAGUGCACCGACCUGGAUAAGGAGGGCGAGUUUUCUACCUGCUUCACGGAGCUCCAGAGGAACUUCCUGAAGCAGCGCCCAACCAAGCUGAAGAGUCUCAUCCGCCUGGUCAAGCACUGGUACCAACUGUGUAAGGAGAAGCUGGGGAAGCCGCUGCCCCCACAGUACGCCCUGGAGCUGCUCACGGUCUAUGCCUGGGAGCGUGGGGGUAGAGACUGUGAACUCAACACAGCACAGGGCUUCCGGACGGUCUUGGAACUGGUCACCAAGUAUCAGCAACUUCGAAUCUACUGGACAAUGUAUUAUGACUUUCAACACCCAGAGGUCUCCAAAUACCUACGCAGACAGCUCAGAAAAUCCAGGCCUGUGAUCCUGGACCCCGCUGACCCAACAGGGAACGUGGCUCGUGGGAACCAAGAAGGCUGGCAGCGGUUGGCCUCAGAGGCGAGGCUGUGGCUGCAGUACCCAUGUUUUAUGAACAGGGAUGGUUCCCCAGUGAGCUCCUGGGAAGUGCCGACGGAGGUUCCUGUACUUUUCUAGCAGGUGAAUGAGGUCAUGCAUCCUGCUGUGAACCCAGCAGCACCAGCCCAGGAGGCUCCGGAGUCAGGGGCACGUGCUGCUCUGCUGCAGGACCUUGACACAGUGAGGGAGGGCCCCACUCGGGAUCACAGUCCAUGCUUCUGAUGCCCGCCACCCAUGUUUGAAUACUGUCCAAUCACAGACAGCCUUCCUCAAAGGAUUCAGAAGGGGCGGAAAGAACUCAAGCUUGACUUCCAUCUGACUGUCUACCUGUUGGGAGGUUCUGUCCAACCAUGUCUGUCAACAACAAUAAAGUACAGCAGGUGCCAUAA